ACCAGCGUCCGUACGGAAAGAUGGCAGAGGUUGGGUCCAAGUCAGUGUUGUUCGUGUGUCUCGGUAACAUUUGCCAGUCACCCACUGCAGAAGCAGUUUUCAGAAAAUUGGUAACUGAUGAAAUUGUUUCCAACAAUUGGAGGAUAGACAGUGCGGCUAUAUCCACCUAUGAAGUGGGAAACCCCCCUGACUGUUGUGGGCAGAGCUGCAUGAGAAAACAUGGCAUCCCCAUGAAUCACGUUGCACAACAGAUUACAAAAGAAGACUUUGUUUGCCACAUUCUAUUAUGUAUGGAUGAAAGCAACCUGAGAGAUUUGAACAGAAGUAAUCAAGUUAAAAACUGCAAAGCUAAAAUUGAGUUACUUGGGAGCUAUGAUCCACAGAAACAACUCAUUAUUGAGGCCCCCUAUUAUGGCAAUGAUUCUGACUUCGAAGUGGUGGACCAGCAAUGCCUCAGGUGCUGCAAGGCCUUCCUGGAGAAGACUUACUAG